CCAUAAACCAGUUUUUAUUGAUUUGUGUGUCACUUCCUCUUGUCCCAUUGUUAGCGGGACAGAGGGAGUAAUGCAUUCGUAGACAUACGUUUAAUCACUCUUAUUUGCACAAUGCCUUUUGAUGAAUUAGGGCCGGGAAUCUAGGUAGGACAGCUGAUUAUAUUCUUGGAAUGAAGAUCAAGCAAAGGAUGUGUUGUCUUCCUCUGCUAUUAUUAUUACUGGUAAUUAUCCAAGACCAAGUAGUGGCCACAACAUCAGAUCUUGGAACUGACAAACGAGCCCUUCUAGACUUUGCUUCUAGUUUUGGUGAGCGCCACCAUGGCCACGGCCGCCGGCGGGAACUGCGGUGGAGCACGAAGGUCCCUAUGUGCAGGGGAUGGGUUGGUGUGAAAUGCAGCUGGUCACCUGCAGAUGGCUGCAGAGUGGUUGAACUGGAGCUUCCUGGCUUCGGGCUCCACGGGCCCAUACCGGGAAAGGCAAUGGCAAGACUGGACGCCCUCCAAACGCUGCGCCUCGAGAAUAACUCCCUGACCGGACCCAUCCCGCCCGCCCUCCCCAAAACCCUUACCCGCUUGAACCUAAGCGACAACCAUCUCAGCGGCUCCAUUCCUUCACCCCUCCUCCUACGCUUUCCUCCUUCCUCAUUCGCAGAGAAUCCUUUGCUGCGGCGGAACCAUCACCAUCGAAUCAUCAAGUACAAACAGCAGCCACCACUACGCCCCCGCCGCCGCCACCGCAUAUCUUCAUCUCGAACUACUCUACGCAAUCUUGCUAUUACUAAACUUGUUAUUGCAUGCGUUGGACUGCUCAUUUCCUUAACGCUUCUAUGCAUCGGGUUAAUUGUGUGCUGCCAUGGGAAAUGCAAUAUUUUAGCCGCGCACAUCGGUGAGUGGUGCAUGUGUUGGAGGAGGUCUAAAGCUAGAAAGACGGGGGCCGCCCCCGCCCCUGUCAACUAAAACUUUAAACGUGUACAAGAUUUUAAUGUGAACCGGC